GCGUCCAUAGUAGAACACUAGAACUCGAGCCUUAGGUUUAGCCUCUCUGCCUUCCUAAUUGCAAGAUUCUACGCUUCUAGCAGCUGUCGUUCUCGCGGCUUAGAGUAGCUAUUGUACCAGCAGAGAGAAAGCAGAAAUCCCUCUGUUUCUCACAUCACCAUGUCUUCGAACAAUCCAUCUCAGCUGCUUCCAUCUGAGCUAAUUGAUCGCUGCAUUGGGUCCAAAAUCUGGGUCAUAAUGAAAGGGGAUAAGGAGCUUGUUGGAACACUUAGAGGAUUUGAUGUUUAUGUUAACAUGGUCCUCGAAGAUGUCACUGAAUAUGAGAUCACCUCUGAAGGACGGCGAAUAACAAAGCUUGAUCAGAUCUUGCUCAAUGGAAACAACAUUGCCAUUCUUGUUCCGGGAGGCUCACCUGACACUGAAUGAGGUUUGGAUUUGACUACAGCCUAAGAAGUUGGUAGAUAUAAGAACAAUUUAUUUCGUGUCUGUAGGCUUACUGUCACUGGUUAAUUACAAUUGUUGGUAGACCUUGAACUUGAUGAACUAUAACUAACUGGCAGUUGGUUAUGUCCAGUAUUUGUAGUAGGAUUUUAAACUUGCUUAUGCAUGAGUUAUGGCUUUGCUUCAUUACAAAAAGCCAUUCCAGAACUAACUGUGAGUUGUCAAGUCAAAAAACUGUAUUAGCACCAUAUACCAAACCAACCAUAAUAACUUCUUGUCAGUGGCCUAAA